CUUCCUAUUCUUCACAAAUUUUAUCGGUCAGGAGACAUCAUCAUUGCUGGCAUUACCUCACAGAUCUAUGUCUUCUUCAGUCCUAUUAGUUUUACAAACCAUCCUUCCCAUGCCAAGAUGGAUAACCCUAUUUAUUUCAGUGCAUUCUGGACUUUGCAUGCCUCCAUGGAUCUUCUUUCUACACCUGGCAGGUUCAUCCCUAACUACAAGUGUGAUGCCCAAACUGACCUGGUAGCUGUUAUUGCAGGACCUAACUCUGAUACUGGCAAACAAAUGGCAGACAUUCUGCGCUUUUACAAACUUCCUCAGGUCUUCUAUGGCUCUGCUCCAACAGUGAAUGAUAAAAUUCAAGGCCUUUUCUUCUACCGCAUGUUCCCAAGUACCUCACUUCAAGAUAAGGGGAUUCUCCAGUUGUUGCUACAUUUCAGGUGGACCUGGAUUGGAGCACUGUUUGUAAAUAGUGAUGGUGCACAAUGGCUUAUGCAGAAUGUGCUUCCCAUGUUUACCCAGAGUGGCAUCUGCUUUGAUUUCAUAGAAGGAUUUCCAGAACAAUCAUUUGCCAAUUUUGUAGACAAUAUGUUGGCUGAGGAGAUUAAGCUAUGCAGAAUUGUCAUGAAGAGCACGGCCACGGCAGUGCUUCUAUAUGGUGCAUCUGAGACUAUGAUUAGGUUAAGAAUACUGAUGAUGAUUUCAGAAUUGCAAAAUAUACCAUCAAAGACCAUAGGCAAAGUUUGGAUAAUGGAUGCCCAGAUGGAAUUCACAUCUUUUGCCUUCCAAACCAGUUGGGAAGUGCACUCCAUCCAUGGUGCUAUAUCUGUGGCAAGUCACUCAAAGCAGAUGUUGGGAUUCCAGAAGUUUCUGCAGAUGAAAAAGUGUUCUGCAACAACAGAAGAUGGCUUCAUCAGGGACUUUUGGGAACAAGCCUUUGGGUGUUCAUGCUUUAACCUUGUAGCAAACAGUGAGGCUGAAGAUGCCUGCAGUGGGGAGGAGAAGCUGGAUUCUCUCCCGGCAUCUACCUUUGAGACAGACAUCACAUCCCACAGCUACAGCAUCUACAAUGCAGUCUAUGUGGUGGCUCAUGCCCUGCAAGCCAUGCAGUCAUCCAAGCGGAGACACAGAGCCAUGGUGGAUGGAGACAGGCAGAAGCUUUGGAGUCACCACCCAUGGCAGCUCCAUCACUUUCUGGGACACAUCUCAUUUAACAACAGUGCUGGGGACAAAGUUUCACUUGAUGAAAAUGGUGUAGUACAUGCUGGAUUUGACAUUGUAAACUUCGUCACCUAUUCAAACCAAUCCUUUCAUAGAGUGAAAGUUGGAAGGAUAGACCCAGGGUUUCACAAAGACAAAAUAUUCACUACAUUUGAAGAUACCCUUGUAUGGCCCAGCGUAUUUAAUCAGUCAGUCCCACUUUCUCUGUGCAAUGACAACUGCUCUUCCGGUUUUAGAAAGUCAAGGAGGGAAGGGAAGCCCUCCUGUUGCUAUGAUUGCCUUCCAUGUCCAAAGGGGAAAAUUUCUAACCACACAGAUAUGGAUGAUUGUAUUCUGUGCACAGAAGACCAGUUUUCUAAUGAUGAACACAAGGCAUGCAUUCCCAAAAAUAUACACUUCUUGUCCUACAAAGAACCUCUAGGAAUCAGUUUGGCCAUUGUGGCAGUUUUCUUUUCUUCCAUCACAGCUUUGGUCUUCUGGGCCUUCAUUAAGCACCGAGACACCCCCAUAGUCAAAGCCAACAAUCGAGAACUCACCUACACUCUCCUCAUCUCCCUUCUGCUCUGUUUCCUCUGCACAUUGCUGUUCAUUGGCCAGCCACAGAAAGUGGUAUGCCUCUUCCGACAAACUGCUUUCGGCAUCAUCUUCUCUGUGGCUGUCUCCUCUGUGUUGGCAAAAACCAUCACUGUGGUUCUAGCCUUCUUGUCCACCAAGCCAGGAUCCAAGAUGAGAAAAUGGAUGGGGAAGCAACUGGCCAGCACCAUCGUUGUGUCCUGCUGCCUCACUCAAGUGGUGAUUUGUACUGUGUGGCUUGCAGCAUCUCCUCCAUUCCCACAUUCUGACAUGAAUGCAAUGGUUGAAGAAAUUGUCCUGGAAUGUAAUGAAGGGUCAUCUGCCAUGUUUUACUGUGUACUGGGCUUCCUGGGUUUCCUCUCCAUUGCAGCCUUAAUGGUAGCUUUCCUAGCCAGGAAAUUGCCUGACAGUUUCAAUGAAGCCAAGUUCAUUUCUUUCAGCAUGCUGGUGUUUUGCAGUGUUUGGGUGUCCUUUGUUCCCUCUUACCUGAGCACCAAGGGCAAAUACACAGUGGCUGUGGAGAUCUUUGCUAUCUUAGCAUCCAGUGCUGGAUUAUUGCUCUUCAUUUUUUCUCCCAAAUGCUACAUUAUUUUGCUGAAGCCUGAACUAAACAGCAAAGCCCACCUAAUAGGGAAGAAGAAACAAAGAAUCUAA